AUGACAGGGGUUCUAGAGAGAGAAGGAGGCGUGACCCUCGAUGAUUUGAAGCUGAAAAUGGCGGAUUUUGCUAGGGAGAGAGACUGGGAUCAGUUCCAUAGCCCUAGAAAUCUUCUCUUGGCUCUGGUUGGGGAAGUGGGAGAGUUGUCCGAGAUCUUCCAGUGGAAAGGAGAGGUCCCAAGAGGGCUGCCAGGUUGGGAAGAAGAGGAGAAGCAACACUUGGGUGAGGAGCUGUCAGAUGUGUUGCUGUAUCUGAUCAGGCUCUCUGACAUAUGUGGUGUUGAUCUUGGUAAAGCUGCUCUUCGCAAGCUGGGGCUUAAUGCCAUAAAAUACCCAGUUGGGGUCUGCAAGGGCUCAUCCAAAAAGCACACCCAAAUCAACACCAUGGACAAUGACAAUGACAAUGACAAUGGUGUUCUCACCAAAAGCAAGGUCUCUGAUGAUAAUGGUGUUUGA